AUGUCAAACUCAUCAACCUCAAGGGUUAAAUUCAGUCCAGAAGAAGAUGUUAAGCUUCGAAAGUUAAUUAAACUACUUGGAAUUAGAGAUUGGGAAAUUAUUGCCCUUGAAAUGAAAUCUAGGACAGCACGCCAAUGCAGAGAUAGAUGGUGCAAUUAUCUUGAUCCAACCCUGAAUAAUACACCAUUCACCGCUGAUGAAGACGCUCUUCUUUUGGAUUUGUACGUUGAAUAUGGAGCAAAAUGGUGUAAAAUUGCACAGCAUUUUAAUGGGAGAUCUACUAAUAAUUUAAGAAAUCAUUAUAAGGUUCUUGCUCGUAGAAUAGCUCGAAUUGACAAAAAACAAAGAUCCACUUCGAAAAAGAUUGAAACACAAAAAUCAAUUGAUCAAGAAUUACCAGAAAUGAUACAUACUGUAUUCAAUGAAAUGAGCAUGUAUUUUGAAGGUGAAAAUUUAGAAUCUUUGUUUUAG